AUGCAGGUUGAACGGCUUAGUUGGAGUGAACUGGUACCUCACAUAGGAAUAGAAGAGGUUGACGACGAGCUCGAUAAGCGAACUACCAGAAUAUUUGACGAUUUACGUCAAGUGGCCUCCGUUUGCAACGAAGAUGGAACUUUAAUUGUAAGACUAAAAGCACGGAAAAAUGAAUUUAUUUUGGCACGCGAUCAAUAUCUCAGGACAGUUCUACAUCUUGCAGCCGGCAUUGGACACACAAGACUUUUAAAGUGUUUGGUACACGCAGGAGCACCUAUAAAUGUUCGUGACGGAAUUGGCCAGACUGCUCUAACUAUAUCGCUUCACAAAAAUAAUGAUGCAGCGAGUGUCUUUCUUAUCGAAAGUGGCGCUUGUGUUCAGGAAUACUACUACGAAAAUACUGUUUCUCCACUGGCAAUUGCAAAGUUGCACAAAAAUGAUGACAUCGUCGAAUUUCUGGAGAAACGUAUCGGAGACGAAAAAAGAGUGUUAGAUCACGUUUCUAAAUUUUUUCCUAAGAAAAUUUCUGGUUCACCCGUGGAUAUGAAUGUUGAUCAUGUCAACCAUAAAGAGAAUUUUUCACGUGCACUGAACAUAAACAUUGGUGACCAAAAAAACACG